UGGACGUUGGGAAGUCAUAACGGCUAUAUUUUGUUUGAACUUGAAAGCCAUACCCCAUUUCUCCUUUUUUUUCCUCAUUUCAACGGGUCUUCUUCUUCUUCUUCUUCAAUAGCUCUCUGUAAUUCCUCAUCCUUCCUAAAUUAGCUUUCUUCAUAAUCCAAUCUUGAAGUUCCUCGAUCAAAAACCCUAGUGAUCUGCAAAUCAAUCUUCAAAUUAAAUCGAGGUAAAUUCUUCUGCACUUGUUUUUUUUCUUCUGGAUCACUGUAAUGGCUCCAACGCCGUCUUCGAAAUCAAAUCAAGGUCACAUGAACCAAUUGAGAACUCCUCAAGCAAAACGCCUCAAUUUCAAUCCCCCUAGGCCACAUUUAUCCCCUUUCCCCAAUUCCGCCAUUAAAGACUCUCAAUCGGAGCAUCCGGUUGAAGUAAUCGGCCGGAUCCGAGACUAUCCGGAAAGGAAAGAGAAACCGGCUUCGAUUCUUCAGAUAAAUCCCGACGGUCAGAACGUUAGGGUUCGGGCCGAUUUCGGAUACCGGGAUUUCAGUCUCGACGGAAUUUCGCUGUCGGAAGAGGAAGAUCUGGACACGUUUUACAAGAAGUUCGUCGAAGCGAGGAUUCAUGGCGUUAAGUUGGGUGAGAAAUGUACGAUUAUGAUGUACGGACCUACCGGUGCCGGCAAGAGCCAUACGAUGUUUGGCUGUGCGAAGCAGCCGGGGAUAGUGUAUCGAUCGCUGAAGGACAUUUUAGGCGAUGGAGAAGGUGAAGCUGACACUGCUGCCGGCGCAGGUGGCGGCGAACGGUUGAACGUCGGGAUGUUUGUACAAGUCACGGUGCUGGAGAUUUAUAAUGAAGAAAUAUAUGAUCUUCUAUCGAGUAAUUCUGGCGGAGGGCUAGGGCUUGGCUGGCCGAAGGGCAGUGCCUCUAAGGUGAAGCUUGAAGUAAUGGGGAAGAAGGCUAAGAAUGCUACAUAUCUAUCUGGGAAUGAGGCAGGAAAGAUCUCCAAAGAGAUUCAGAAAGUGGAGAAAAGAAGGAUUGUUAAAAGUACACUCUGUAAUGAAAGAAGUUCAAGAAGCCAUUGCAUGGUAAUCCUCGACGUGCCGACGGUCGGCGGGCGGCUAAUGCUCGUCGAUAUGGCUGGUUCUGAAAAUAUAGAGCAAGCUGGGCAAGUUGGAUUUGAGGCAAAAAUGCAGACAGCAAAGAUUAAUCAAGGUAACAUUGCACUGAAAAGAGUGGUUGAAUCAAUUGCCAAUGGUGAUUCUCAUGUGCCUUUUAGAGACAGUAAAUUAACUAUGCUUCUGCAGGAUUCUUUUGAGGAUGAUAAAUCCAAAAUUCUGAUGAUUCUGUGUGCCAGCCCUGAUCCAAAGGAACUACACAAGACAAUCUCUACGCUCGAAUAUGGCGCGAAAGCCAAAUGCAUUGUCCGUGGUCCUCACACGCCGACGAAGGAUAAAGGCGGUGCGGACGAUUCGGCUUCUGCUGUUAUUCUGGGGUCGAGAAUUGCAGCCAUGGAUGAUUUCAUUUUCAAGUUACAGAAGGAGAACAAACUCAGAGAGAAAGAGAGAAAUGAGGCGCAUAGAGAGCUCAUGAAGAAAGAGGAAGAGGUAUCGGAACUGAGAGCUAAGCUCGAGCUAGCGGGGUCGAGAGGAUCUGGCCUUGUGAGUGAGGACGAGAUCAAUUCGAAGGUGAAUGAAAGAACUCAACUUCUGAAACUUGAGUUAGAGAGGAAGCUGGAGGAGUGCCAGAGAAUGGCCAAUGAAUUUGUUGAAGUGGAAAGGAGAAGGAUGGAAGAAACAAUAAUGCAGCAGCAACAAGAAGUUGAAAUGUUAAGACGACGCUUAGAAGAGAUCGAAACCGAGCUAUUGAAUUCGAGGGAUGCCACGAGCAUCGACGUAAACAAAUCAAGGGACAUGGAUGGCUGUAAGCUUGCUAAAAGGCUCUUAGGAGUUUAUGCUAGUGCUGAUGCAAGUAUGGUGAAGUCCAUGGACCUUGACAUGGAUGAUCAAGAACCGACUCGCGAAGUAAGACUCAUCGGCGGUGUGGAUUAUCAACCAACAACAACGAACAAUGGUAUCCAAAGCCUACUAGACAAAGUAAACGAGAUAGUUGAUCAUGACGUGUUUUCAUCGCGAUUUGGGGAUCGGGAUAGAGUAUGCCUGAGUACCGUGUUCGAGGAAGAAGAGGUAGAAGAGGAAGAGGAGAAGGAAGUUAUAGAAGAAAAGAGAGUAGUGUGUACAGUUGAAGGACACAACGAACUGACACCAAAUGGUAUGAACAAAGUUCCCAAGGAGAGAUCAGAGAUCGGUAUCGGAUUGAUGAACGAUAACGAACACUCAAAGGACACAGCGUUCUCGAGAAAAUUGAGAAUUCAAAAUAUAUUUACUCUUUGUGGAAACCAUAGAGAGCUUUCUCAACAAGUUGGCUCAAUGCCUGAGAAGAAGAGAUCAGAUGAUGCUGAAAAUCAGCACCUAUCAUCACCAUUGAAGCCUGCACCAGAUCAUUACACUCAAAUUCUUUCAGACCUGACGAACAAGAAUGGAGCAUUGUUGACAGAAAAUGAGGAGACAAUGCAGGCUGUAAAGCUACAAGUAAAGGGAGGAGUAAACAGCCCUGGUUUUGUACCAUUGAGUCCAAUUCCAUUGUGCUCAAAGGAGAACCAGCUACCCGUCACGCCGAGCGUCGUCGUAUCACAGCAACACGAUGGCCUAUCGCCGCCGAGGCUCUGCGUUACGCCGUUCAUCACUGUAAGAAGACACUGAGGGGAAAGGAAAUGGGGGAUUUAUGUUAGGACUUUUACAUAUUUUGUUGUGGUUGAGUAUAUAGAGAUGAGAAUAUACUCGUGUUGGACUGAACCCUGAAAAGUUGUUAAUAGAUUCAUGAAAUCCUCAAUGUAUUCAAUUAUAUCUUAUACUUUGUUAUAUAUGGAACUUAGUCUUCAUUCC